UCGAGGAGGAAACUUGCAGAAGCUGCUGCUCACUCUCAGUGCUCUGGACCUUACUUUGCCCGUGAGGACAACCACAACAACGCGCCACCAUGGUCGACGCCUUCUGUGCCACCUGGAAACUGGUCGACAGUGAGAACUUCGACGACUACAUGAAAGCUCUGGGCGUGGGCUUCGCCACCAGGCAGGUGGGCAAUGUGACCAAGCCCACGGUCAUCAUCAGCCAGGAGGGAGACAAGGUGGUCAUCCGCACCCAGAGCACUUUCAAGAACACAGAGAUCUCCUUCAAACUGGGCGAGGAGUUCGACGAGACCACCGCAGACGACAGGAACUGCAAAUCCACAGUGUCCAUGGACGGGGACAAGCUGGUCCAUGUCCAGAAGUGGGACGGCAAGGAGACCAAGUUCGUGAGGGAAAUCAAGGAUGGAAAGAUGGUCAUGAACCUGACCUUCGAGGACAUCCACGCCGUCCGCACCUACGAGAAGGCAUGAGCGCCCGCAGCCCUCCGGCGGCCAUGAAGUGUUGACUCCCUCAUAAUUAUUAACUGUCUGCUUCUCUUUGCACUUCAUCCUCCUCCACAUGUGCUCGGCUGUUUUGUAAGAUUUUUUUUUUUAUAUGAGAAACAAUUCCGCCGUGACGGACGGAUUGUGAAACAAGAAAUAAAACACGGAGAACAA